CUGCAGAGCUACUAGUCCAACCAGUCUCCAGAAUUCAGUGUAGCUGAAAGAGGUUUUCACUCUGCACCUGCCAAAGAUCUCUCCCCCCUUUUCCUUCUCUCCCCCCUUCUCUCUUCCAUUCUCUCUCUCUUUAAAAGAAAGAUCUGUAAGACCCAGCAGAGAUCAAAGACCUCUUCGCUAAAAAGAACCUCUACUGAUUUAUAUUAGUUUCUUUCCUGUAAUCCUUCCUUCUCUCCCCCUCCCAUUUUUUUUCUUUUUUUUCCUGUGCCAUAUUUAACCUUUAUGUUGCAGUUGUGCCAUCAGACAGUUUUGCAGCCAAAAAAAAACAACCCAAGCCAAAGCACAAGCCCAGCUCGGAUACAGCAGCCACCCAGACUCGAUCUCAGUUGAACUUACUAAUCUCUCCCAAGCACUGGACGCGAUGGAUGAAGAAACUGGAACCGCUCUAAGAAAAUGAUUUUCCAGCCAAUGUUCUUAAAGAGUCUGAGAGAAGAGAGGGAGCGAGAGCGAGCGGGAAGCGCUUCUGCUGCAUCACUGCUCAAAUCCAAGGGAAAGGAGUCAGCGUUUCCAGCACAGCCAAAUAUUAUGGAUGAUUUUUUUUCUUCUGUCGCCUUUCUGCACAGGUUUUCUUAAUAUUUUUAUUUUCCCCCUCCUCCUCCCCAUUUUUUUUAAAAUUUUAUUUAAUCAGCGCCUGUGUCUGAUGCCGGUUUCUCUCCGAGAGCCAGUUUUCCCUGCUUGUUGUGAUCGCUGUAAUAAAAAGAGGGAGAAAUCGUGAACAGAUGGCUUUCUAUAUUACCAUGCCGCUGGCAUUGUUUUCCUGUUGAUUUUAAAGGCUCGGUCCGGAGCUCCUUUUUUUUUUUUUUUUUCCUUAAUUUUUUUUUCCCUUUUAUAUUUUUUUUUCCCUCCCCCUCCCAAGUUCUUGAUGAUACUGAGACAUGAGGACCUAUCGGGUUUAGCCUGUUUAUUUCCCGGCGCCUAUGGAGGUAACUUUAUUGACUUGAUCGCUCGCUUCCCGACCCGAGAGGAGCACGCCGGAGCCCCGGGGGGGCUCUGUCCGCCGCCUCCCCUCCCUCCCCCUCCCCCGGUAAUUCAUCAGCCGCCCCGGCCAUGAAAAUGCUCCUGGUCCGCAAGUUCCGGGUGCUGAUCCUGAUGGUUUUCCUCGUCGCCUGCACCAUGCACAUCAUGAUCGACCUGCUGCCGCGCCUGGAGCGCCGCGGCCCCGAGGGCCGCCCGGGCUGCUCCUGCCCGCCGCCCGCCGCCGCGCCGCCCCGCGCCGCCGCGCCGCGCUGGCCCAGCAAGCACACGCUGCGGAUCCUGCAGGACUUCAGCGCCGAGCCGGCCUCCAACCUCUCGUCGCAGUCGCGGGAGGCGGCGGCGGAGCGGGCGGCGGGCGGCGGUGCGGGCGGCGCGGGCGGCGGGAGCGCGGCGGCGGCGGCGGCGGCGGGGAGGGCGCGGCGCUUGAUCGGCCCCGGGGCGCCGCGCCCGCCGCCCCCCGCCGGCAACGCCGCCCCGCUGGCCGCGCUCUUCGAGCACCCGCUGUACCGCGCCGCCCUGCCCCCGCUGGCCGACGGCGACCUCCUCUUCAAUGUCAACAGCGACAUCAGGUUCAACCCGCGGGCGGCCGAGCAGCCCGACUGGCAAAAUGAAGAUCAUCAUGAAGAAUUUUUGCCAACUGGAGAGACCUCCAUAGACUCCUACCCAAACUGGUUAAAAUUCCACAUUGGCAUUAAUCGGUACGAGCUGUAUUCCAGACAUAAUCCUGCAAUUGAGGCUUUACUACAAGACCUUGUCUCCCAAAAGAUAACCAGUGUUGCAAUGAAAUCAGGAGGCACCCAGCUGAAGCUGAUCAUGACAUUCCAGAACUAUGGACAAGCAUUGUUUAAACCAAUGAAGCAGACCAGAGAACAAGAAACCCCGCCUGACUUUUUUUACUUCUCAGACUAUGAGAGACAUAAUGCAGAAAUAGCAGCAUUUCAUCUCGACAGGAUCCUGGAUUUCCGGCGCGUGCCCCCGGUGGCAGGCAGGCUGGUGAACAUGACGAGGGAAAUACGAGAUGUUACUCGUGACAAGAAGCUGUGGAGAACAUUUUUCAUCUCACCAGCCAACAACAUCUGCUUCUAUGGGGAGUGCUCCUACUACUGCUCAACAGAGCACGCCCUGUGUGGGAAACCAGACCAGAUCGAAGGGUCCCUGGCUGCUUUCCUGCCUGAUUUGUCCUUAGCAAAAAGGAAAACCUGGAGAAACCCUUGGAGGCGUUCCUACCACAAGCGCAAGAAAGCAGAAUGGGAAGUUGAUCCAGAUUAUUGUGAAGAGGUUAAACAAACACCCCCAUAUGACAGCGGGACCAGAAUUCUGGAUAUAAUGGAUAUGACAGUUUUUGAUUUCCUAAUGGGUAACAUGGAUCGACAUCACUAUGAAACCUUUGAGAAGUUUGGAAAUGAAACUUUUAUUAUCCACUUAGAUAAUGGAAGAGGGUUUGGAAAAUAUUCCCAUGAUGAACUUUCCAUUUUGGUGCCUUUAAACCAGUGCUGCAGAAUCAGGAAAUCUACCUAUCUGCGAUUACAGCUGCUAGCCAAGGAGGAGUACAAGCUCAGUCUCCUGAUGAAAGAAUCUUUGCUAAAAGACAAAAUAGCUCCAAUCCUCUACCAGCCUCACUUGGAGGCGAUGGACAGGCGGCUGCGGAUUGUGCUCAAGGCUGUCAGUGACUGCAUAGAGAAGGAUGGCUAUGACAACGUGGUGGAAAAUGACUUUAACACUGAUGUUAACACUGUUACCACUGAGAGGUAGUGAAAUGGCAAGACUACGUUUUUACCAGCCGAGUCAAGAAGAUUCAAAGAAGGAAAAGAAACAAAAGAACAACAACAAAA